AUGGCUGCACUCCCGAGAACAUUGCGACCCCUCGCGAAAGCUACCACGUGCAUCAGACCUCUUUCUUCGGCGACCAGGUCACUGCCUCGAAGGAACCUUCUACCCAAGCGGACGUUCACUACGACCUCAAAACGGCGCUAUGCUGAACCUUACAUGCCCGAUGACAUCGACACGACCUCCCUGUCUCCGACACCCAUCACCCACUUCUCGGAGACCGAGAGAAUGCUGGCAGAGACUGUCUCGAGAUGGGCGAGUGAAGAGCUCGCACCAAAGGUGAGGGACAUGGACGAAAAAGAACAGAUGGACCCGGCCGUCGUCGAGCAGAUGUUCGAGCAGGGCCUCAUGGCCUUUGAGAUCCCUGAAGAGUAUGGGGGUGCGGGAAUGAACUUUACAUCUGCAAUUGUGGGAAUUGAAGAGAUUGCCCGGGUCGACCCGUCAGUGUCGGUAUUGUGCGAUGUGCACAACACAUUGGUGGUUACCGCCGUCCUCAAAUAUGGCAGCGAAGCAUUCAAGAAGGAGUGGCUUCCAAAGUUGGCCACGAACACUGUCGGAUCGUUCUGCUUGUCUGAGCCCGCGUCAGGCUCCGACGCCUUUGCAUUGAAGACCAAAGCAGAGAAGACAUCAAGUGGUUACAAGAUCAACGGCUCUAAGAUGUGGAUUACUAAUUCAAUGGAAGCUGAAUUCUUCCUCGUUUUCGCCAACCUUAACCCCGAAGCCGGAUAUAAGGGUAUUACGGCGUUCGUUGUUACCAAAGACAUGAAGGGCUUCAGCAUAGCCAAGAAGGAGAAGAAACUCGGGAUCCGAGCCUCCAGCACCUGCGUCAUCAACUUUGACGACGUCGAAAUCCCCCAGGAAAAUCUCCUCGGCCGGGAAGGUCAGGGCUACAAGUAUGCCAUUGGCCUUUUGAACGAAGGACGGAUUGGUAUUGGUGCCCAGAUGACAGGGUUGGCUCUCGGAGCAUGGGAAAAUGCUGCCAAAUAUGUCUGGAACGAUCGAAAGCAGUUCGGCAAGCUGGUCGGCGAGUUCCAGGGCAUGCAACAUCAACUGGCCCAAGCCUACACGGAGAUCUGUGCAGCCCGGGCCCUGGUCUACAACGCUGCUCGAAAGAAGGAGGCAGGCGAGGACUUUGUCACAGAUGCCGCCAUGGCAAAGUUGUAUGCCAGUCAAGUGGCUGGGAGAGUCAGUGGACUCGCCGUCGAAUGGAUGGGAGGCAUGGGUUUCGUCCGUGAGGGUAUCGCUGAAAAGAUGUUCCGGGAUAGUAAGAUUGGGGCCAUUUACGAGGGUACCAGCAACAUCCAGCUCACCACGAUAGCAAAGGCGCUGCAAAAGAAGUACACGUCAUAA